AUGGUCACUCUAACUGAGCUGAGAUGCGGCACCAUCACACUUCCAAACGGAGAGAUUGUUGCCUUGAAAACCAAAUCAGUAACCAACAAGGAUGUCUUGGGGCCAGAGAUGAGGAGAAUUAAUGCAAAUAGUCUCGUCUGCAAACUGCCAUAUGUCGAUGAGUGUGAUGUUCAUUUAGACUCGUGUGAUACGACUCAUGGAGUUUGUACGAACAUGCCUGGCACAUUCACUUGUUCCUGUACUGCUGGUUAUGAGUUAGACCUGGAUGGAAGAACUUGCAAUGAUGUCGAUGAGUGUGAUGUUCAUUUAGACUCGUGUGAUACGACCAAUGGAGUCUGUACAAACAUGCCUGGUACAUUCAAUUGUUCCUGUACUGCUGGUUAUGACUUAGACAUGGAUGGAAUGACUUGCAAUGAUGUCGAUGAGUGUGAUGCUCAUUCAGACUCGUGUGAUACGACUAAUGGAGUUUGUACGAAUACGCCUGGUACAUUCAAUUGUUCCUGUACUGCUGGUUAUGACUUAGACCUGGAUGGAAGGACUUGCAAUGAUGUCGAUGAGUGUGUUGUUCAUUCAGAAUCGUGUGAUACGACUAAUGGAGUUUGUACGAACAUUCCUGGUACAUUUAAUUGUUCCUGUACUGCUGGUUAUGAGCUAGACAUGGAUGGAAAAUCUUGCAAUGAUGUGGAUGAGUGUGCUGUUCAUUCAGACUCGUGUGAUGCGACUAAUGGAGUUUGUACAAACAUGCUUGGUACAUUCAAUUGUUCCUGUACAGCUGGUUAUGAGUUAGACCUGGAUGGAAGAACUUGCAAUGAUGUCGAUGAAUGUGAUGUUCAUUCAGACUCGUGUGAUACAAGUAAUGAAGUGUGUACGAACAUGCCUGGUACAUUUAGUUGCUCCUGUGCUGCUGGUUAUGUAUUAAGUGAGUUGAGUUGA